GAAUCAUCCAUGCUUGACGACCCAGCGGACACUGCUGCCCCAGUAGCAGCAAUAUCGUCUGCCGAGGGAAAUGGCUCGUCACCACCAACAAUCCGGACUGCAGUCGCCUCUGAGUCCUCAAAGAAACCUUCCCUUAACGUCAGCGAUGCCUUGAGCUAUCUGGAUGCGGUCAAGACCCAAUUUCACGAACAGCCCGACACAUACAAUCAGUUUCUAGAUAUCAUGAAAAGCUUCAAGAGUCAGGCCAUCGACACACCUGGCGUGAUUAAACGAGUCUCGGCUCUAUUCAACGAACAUCCCAUCCUCAUUCAAGGCUUCAACACGUUCCUACCUUCUGGCUACCGCAUAGAAUGUGGCAAGGACAGUCAGGACUCGACAUAUAUCACUGUUACAACUCCGACGGGCACUACAACCGCCAAGAACGGACUCCUUGGUAUCGAAUGGCCAACGCAAGAAGGCCCCACCGUGGUGCCGCCCCCUCCCCCAACUCCACCUCCCAAAGCCACUCCUGUUGAAGAAACCCGAGAAGGUCGAACGAUCGAUCCCGCCAUCCAAUAUGUCCAGAAAAUCAAGCAACGUUGCGACCCAGAGACAUACAAACAGUUUCUAGACAUUCUUUCCAACUUUCAUCAUUCUCGAGAGCCAACCGAUGAGACCGAGGUCUCCCGCAAGAUCGCUCGCUUGUUCAAAGACGAACCUGACCUCCGAGAAGAUUUUGAAACAUUUCUGCCUGAUCGAGGGCGCCAGCUCAUAGAAGAAGGCAUGGCAUUACCCCGUCCCGAACGAGCCGGACUCAGGAAGCAGGAGCCUCCCCCUACGAACCCGGCUAUCGUGCCCCAAAAGAGAAAACGCAAAAAUCCAGAAAGAGACGUCGAUGCAAAACCUGUGUCGUCCAAGGUUAAAAAAUCGAAACCUACCCCAGAGCCACCUUCGUUCAAAGGCCAAUCCCCACCUCCCCCACGUCGACAAUCUGGCAUUCGUGCGCACGAUCAGACUCCUACCCUCGCUGCAGCGCCAGAAGAUUCCCAGGCUCAGGCAUUUUUUGACCGCGUAAAACGGACGCUGGAGGACAGUCGCGAUACCUAUAACGAAUUCCUGAAACUUAUCAAUCUCUUUACCCAAAACUUCAUUGACACUGCUCGACUUGUUCGAGAAAGUCGGACAUUUAUUGGCGACGGAGAACUUUUGAGUAUGCUCAAGGAUAUUCUGGGUUGGGACGACCGCAAAGAACAAGAAUACCUCAACGAAGAACGUGCAAAUGGCCAAACUUGGAUUCGGCCAACUCUCGUACCCAACAACGUCGUCAGUCGUGCCAAGCGGCCUGCCGCAGAAAAUCGAAUCGGGAGUUAUCGCAAGAUUCCUGCUGCGGUAUGUGUCAAAAAUUCCCUCAUCUAUGUUGAACCUAUUCCAAUACAGGAGGCAAACGUGGUUUGUUCUGGUCGUGACGAGAUGUGUCAGUCUGUUUUGAAUGACGAAUGGGUCUCGCAUCCAACCUGGAGUAGCGAAGAUGCGGGUUUUAUCACACCACGAAUGAAUAUCUACGAGGAGGCUCUCCACCGCAGUGAAGAAGAACGGCACGAGUACGACUUCCACAUCGAAGCCAUUGUUCGCACUAUCUCGAUGCUCGAACCUCUGCACAACAAACUGGCAACUCUUACCCAUGAUGAGGAUCGUCAGAACUACAAACUCAAGCCCAAUCUCAACGGGCAAAUGAAGAGCAUUCAUCAUCGGGUCAUCAAAAAGAUUUAUGGUCGUGAAGCUGGUUUAGCCGUUAUCCAGUCGUUGCAGGAUAACCCGGUGAAUGCUAUCCCAGUUGUGCUGCAAAGACUAAAAGGGAAAGAGGAGGAAUGGAAGCGAGCGCAGAGAGAAUGGAACAAAAUCUGGCGAGAAGUUGACGCCCGCAACUAUAGCAAGAGUUUGGACCACCAGGGAAUCACUUUCAAGAUGGCGGACAAAAAGGCGAUCACGACAAAAGCAUUCUUAACCCAAAUUGAAAGCGCUCGCGAGCAGCAGAUUGGCAAGCGUGCUGCUCUAAUCGAUCCGCUCUUUGCUCGCACUCGCCCUCGACAUCAACUCGAGUUCCUUCUCGAUGAUGUUCACAUCCUUCAAGACGCCCUCAAACUCAUCUUCUCAUAUCUGGAUCGCAUGCCUGCCAACUUUUCUGAGCGACGCCGAGUGGAGACCUUUUUACGUUCCUUCGUUCCUUCCUUCUUCAUGAUUGACCCUGUUGCGUUCAAUGCUGCUUUCGUGGUAGUCACUGAAACAGCUGACAGUGAGAUCAGUGACGAGGGUGUAUACGACUCCGAGAUGUCUAGUGUGGUUAGCGCUAGUUCUGGAGCUGCCAAAAGCCGGAAGCAACCCGAUUUGAGGAAAAAAUUGUUGAAGAGCGAACAGGCCAAGUCCACCCGAAAAACUCGUUAUAACGCAUCUCCUUCUGUCUCCCGUCCUGUUUCUCCUCUCCCAAUGGAUGAAGACACCCCUGACCAAACAACCUUCUUCACCAAUACGGGAUUUUACUCCUUACUUCGUCUACUCGAGAUAUUAUGCUCACGACUUUCAAUCUUCAAGAAGCUAUCAUCCACUGGUGGCCCAAAACAACUCCCAACUGAUCCAGGAGCAUUCCCACAUCCUGACACAAUCAACCUUGGAGAGCCGAUUGCGCAACCUGAGCAUUUCUAUGACAUACUGCUCCAGUCCUGCGAGCAACUGUUCGAAAACAACGUCGAGCCACACAUUUUUGAAGAUCAGAUGCGGUAUAUGUUUGGUGUCAAGCACGCGUAUAAAAUCUUCACCAUCGAUAAACUCCUGGCCGCACUGGUGAAACAGGUUCAAACGUUGUUGACUGACCCAAGGACCCAAGAGCUUCUUGAACUACUGAAGCGAGACCGCCUUUCGGCGUCACCAGACCUUAGCAGCAGUCGCAAAGCGGCUGAAGAGAUAUUGGGACCAGAAGAGAAUUUUUUCCGUAUAGACUGGCUCCCUCAAUCCAAACACAUCACCUUCCAACUCAUCGGCAAAGACGAUCCGAACUUAGAGGACUCGGAAGUGGUAACAGGGCGUUGGCAAUCGUAUAUCGAGUCGUUCGUUUCUCCACAUCUCUCGGAAGGGGUUUUGGCCAGUCGUGUCCGACAGCCUUUCUUGCGGCGAAACCUGCCAGCUGCUGCUCGAAGGCCACCGCCGAAUGCUAUGACCGCUGAUGGCCUCGAAAUCAAAGUCUGCGUUCAAACCUACAAGUUAUUCUAUGUUGCACAGACGGAAGACUAUCUGUUCAAACCUCGUUCAAGAGAGGAAGUAGAGGCCAUGUCUGCCCAAGUGAAACGGAAGGACGAAUCCCGGGAAAAAUGGCUGAAAGAGGGGACUGUGUUUGUUUAG